AUGCAGCGCCCGCAACGGCGCCCUGCAUCUCCCUCGCCAGAGCGGCUGCCACGGCCCACGCAGCCGAAAGCGGAAAGAUCUCAGAGCCAGGGGGAGAUGAGACAGCACGUUGAGGUGAAGUCUCCGCCUCAAAACGAGGUAAGACUUCAGAGCCUCGCAGAGGCAAGAUAUCAGAGGAAGACGAGGCUUUCAGGUCACGAAAGCCCAGGGCCCUCUACCCCGAUCCGGCCCGAUGCAGAGACUUCGCAGCAUCCGGCGGCUGCGCCCCAACCGGAGGUUCGGAUUCCGAUCAUCUCUGUGGAUCUCGGGGGCUACGCCAGCUCCAUCCGCGUGGGCACGCCGACCGUUCCGCCUCCAAGUGGUCACUGCCUGCCUUCUUGGGCAACCACCGAUGCAGGCCUCAGUCCGUUUCACAAGAAGCUCGCCCACUUUGCGGCCGAGAAGAUCCAACGUGCUUGGCGCCGCUGGUGGCUGUGUAAUUGCAGCUGCUUCGGGCCCCAAGGGCUCCGUGCGCUGCGGGCAUCCAUUGUAUAUGUGCAGCGCUGGUGGCGUGACAUUCUUUUCCGCAGACUGAUGAGACGACAGGUCGCCAAAGUUUGGCGAGGGAUCUUCCUUCGUGCCCAGCUUCUCCGCUCAUCGGCAAACAGGCUGCAGCGUGGCUGGCGCAUGCAUCUGACUAUUCGAUGGCGGCUUCGACUGCGGCAAGCGGCAGAGGAAAUCCAACGAGCAUGGCGUCGUCACAUGGUUUGCGUGCGGCAAAGGCAGAAGCGCACAGCGCUUCAGCAGCUUAGAUCCUUUACGGCCAGGAAGAACGCAGCGAGUUUCGUGCUCCGUGCCAUGAAGAGGUUCUGCCAGGUCCAGCGCGAAGCUGCCAUUUGUUUGCAGAGCCAAUGGCGUGGGCUGCAGAUCCGCCGCCGCUUCGCCGGCGACCGUGACCAGCUGCUGCGUGCACGGGACCGGCGCGAGAUCAUCCGGAGAAAGGUCGCUGUCGCGGCCAUGGCGGCCGUGGGCUGCACGGCCUUCGUCGCUGCGCCCAGCACCGCACGUGGCCCCGCUUUGCGUAGCACCGCCCAGGGCCAGGCCUCGAAGGUCUCGGCCUCUUCCGGCGGCCUGGCCGUCUGCGGCCUCGGUGCAGCAGUUGCUGCCGUCAUCGCUGCUCCUAAGAAGCAGAGGUCAGCGCUCCGCGCUUUUGAGACUGAGCUCGGGGUGCAGCCUCCAGCCGGAUUCUGGGAUCCCCUAGGCUUCACCAAGGGCGGCGAUGCGGCCUCCUUCCGCCGCCGAAGAUAUGUGGAGUUGAAGCACGGACGUGUGGCAAUGUUGGCAUGCAUGGGAUAUAUUGUCCCUGAGUACUACCGUUGGCCUGGCGAGCUUUCUCCAUCCCUCGGCCUGAAGUUCACGGAUGUCCCCACCGGCUUCGCCGCCUUCUCAAAGGUGCCUCUCAGUGGCUGGGCUCAGAUGGUGGCUUUCGCUGGCAGCGUGGAGCUUUUCCAGUAUGUCGAUGAUCCCAAGCGUGCCCCGGGCGACUUCGAAAACGCGGGUCUCCUUGGCAUCCCCAAUGGAUUCAUGAAGGCUCCGGAGGGUCAAAAGGAAAAGAAGCUGGCUGCAGAGAUCGCAAACGGCAGGCUGGCAAUGAUGGCUAUCAUUGGCAUGUUCUUCCAAAACGGACUGACUGGACAGGCUUGGGGUGACUGGUCUCUCUACACUGACUCCCCGCUGCGCGCCCUGACGCCGGCACAGGAGAUCAUCGCCGGGACCGGCGGCCCUCUCCCUGACAACUUCUGGGAUCCGGCAGGCAUCACCAAUGGCAAGACCGAGAAGGAGAUCGCAAUGCUCCGGGCCAUGGAGUUGAAGCAUGGUCGUGUCGCCAUGCUCGCAGUGCUCCACUGGUUCCAUGUUGCUGCAGGCUACCACCUCUUGGGGGAUUAUGCCAUUGGCGAGAGAAUGAGCAACGACCCUCUGGUCAGCUUGACCCAGCUCCCCAUGGGAGGCAUGUGGCAGGUGAUCUUCACCAUCAUGUGCUUGGAGUGGCUGACCACCUACAUCUGCAAGCCCCCUGAGGACCGCCCUUGGGACGUGCUCGGAUGGAAGGGAAUCAUCGACGAGGAUUACCCUUCCGAGAUCUGGAACGGAUGGAAGCGGGUCCAGUGCCAGGAGCUGAACAACAGCCGCCUUGCCAUGGUGGCUAUCACCGGACUCGUCGCGCAGGACGUUGUCACCGGCGACUACGUCGCAGGUGUCGGCAAGCUCUGCGGCGGGGCGGAGGUGUGCAACCAGCCCAUUGACUAUUCUCCUUGGCAGAACCUCCCUCCCAUCGAAGACUUCGUGGCCAACGCACCCUCUUGGGCCAAUGGACCAGCUCUCUACGGUGCUCAGCUUCUGGAGGGCAAGGCCUCAAAGGCUCCGACACAUCCGAGCCUGCCACCUCGGAUCUCUGGGCCCGGCAUAGUGGAGUCCGGCACCUCCGAGAAGCCGACCAGCAACACCUCUGCAGCAACACCGCGUGAUGGGCGCAUGCAGUCGCGGAGCAAGCGACUCUCCCUAGGCAGCAAAGAGCCUCCAGCCGCUGGCGCGCCUCGCACUCACUCGGCGCAAGCUCCUGCAGGAUCCAUCUCUAUGGCUAAGUUUUUGGCUUCGCAAAAUGCGCUGUCUUCGUCCUUCCGAAGCGCUGCGACCGUGGACGUGCCAGUGAUCCUGCGCAGCCUCCUGUCCCGCGGCCUCCUGUCCAGCCGACCGCACAGCUCACCCUUCUCUGCAGAGCUGGGCCGCAGUUCGGAUCUCGAGGCCAUUCACAAUUGGCUCGCAAGUGCUAUGCCCAGCCUUCGAAUCCGUUGCGUGCUGCGGGUGGAGUGCAGUGGAGCAGCAGCUGCAGCAUACAGCAGCGUUUCUUCCACCCUUGGGCCGGAGAGACUGCUUUGGCAUGGAACGUCCUGGGACUGCGUAGGGAACAUUGCCCAGAAUGGUUUCAAUCGCGGCUACAGCGGGCGUCAUGGAUCCAAAUUGGGACGAGGCAGUUACUUUGCAGAAGAGCCAGCCUUUGCCUUGCGCUUCUGCGGGCGUCGCGAGCCCAAGGCAAUCUUCCUGGCAGGUGUUCUCGCUGGUCGCAUCUGCCGCGGGGCCGAAGGUCUUGUGGAGCCACCUGCAGACACUCAGGGCAGCCGGUACGACUCCACAGUGGAUGACCCAAUCAAUCCAAAGGUUUUCUGCGUGUUCCGCGACUUUCAAGCCAUUCCUCUCUACCUGGCGGAGAUAUCGGCGGCGUGA